AUGGAAGAGGUGGCCUGGUGGCUCAGAGACACUGAUUACUUUUCACAAAUAACGCUCCCGGCCAGCACUCCCAGUCUGUGCGGCCGAACAGGAGAGUCUCUGUCCCGCGACUUGUGGCGUUGCAGCGAGCGUUGGCGUGCGACGUUCUCUAUUCGUGUGUCGGAGGAUGCGGUGGGGGAGGGGUCAGAGCACCGCUGUGUCUGCGGCGUGUGUGUGUGUGGGAGGCUUGCGAGCUUCAUCAAAGGACUUCUCGCCAGGAAGCGCGGCUCUGUCAGCAUCCAGAGUCAGGUGGGGUCCGCUGUCCUUGUCAACCUUCUCCACGCUGCCCUGGCCUGCGAAAUCUCUCGUUCCGCUCCUCGGGCCACCAAGUCCAAUCUACUUCACGACAGAAAAUCAAGAUACUUUGGCUUGCGAAACGUCGUUGGAGAGAGCGAUGUUGAAACAAUUACAUCAUGGAAGAGGAGAGAAUGUAAACGAGAAGAAAUACAAUCUCACAGUCCUUGUGGCAGGAGCUGCCAAAAACAAGGGGGGAAAGGCAAACAUCCUAUGCAGGUGAGCCUGUGGGCCUUUGUGACGCACGGAGCCUCAUCACUGCCGCCCGCCGCCUCCUCCUCCGCGUGCCCCACCAACACAAGGGAAGGCGACACCACCACCGACCACCACCGACCACCACCAAUGACCUCCACUGAUUAAAAAAAAAUGAACCACACCUCAAACUGCGCUAAAGGCGUCCACUUUUGCACCCCCCCCCAAUAAAGAAAUAAUAAAUUCAUACUAACAAGUCAUAUUGUUCUAGAUUUGAAGCUUUC